GGUGUGCGCGCAGGGCCGGUGUGUAUACGGACGGGUCACGACGAGAUUUGCUCACCUCUGCUGCGCGAAUACGAUUGAAGAAUGCUCAACAGAUUAGUGAAGAAAGUGUCAUUGCUGUUGGUUCUGAGUCUCCUCUAUUCUCUGGUGGAGGUUCACUCUCAGACCUUUCCUUAUGUCUCCUUCAUGGGUCAGACUCUGGCCAACCAUUCCUAUGUGGACCUCAGUCUAGUGGGGACCAGCGAUAGUCUUCAAUGUAUCACUAACCUGAUGACAUGUUGCAGUAGUUCUCAGGGUGUUCAUCGUGGAGACUGGUAUUUCCCAAAUGGAUCUAUACUGCAAUUUUCCGGAGAUAUUUUUGAAUCACGCGAACCUCAGAGAGUUAGCCUUCGCCGUGAAAGAAAUCCUGCAAUAGUUGGUGUGUAUCGCUGUGAUGUUUCAACAAUUAGCGUCCAUGAUAACAUCGACACUUCGGUCAGAGAUGUUGUGUAUGUGGGUCUGUACACCCCUGAUCAAGGAACAAUUUCACUGUUGGGAGGUAUGACACUUGAUCUUGGCCUACUAACGCUCGCCUGUAUCUCCACUGGUGGACCUGCUACAACUGUUACCUGGACCAGAGACUCUGCCUUGCUCACAGAAGGAACUGAGACUGUGUUGAAUGACCCAGUGACUGCACAAUACACCCACACUCUGACUGUGACUAUAGCAGGAGUGUACACAUGUACUGUGGCUAACGAAAAGCCAUCUAGUGCUUCAGCCAGCAUCACCCUUGAAGUGGCCUCAGCUCCAACUGAUGUCAGAGCAGUCCAAGAUGGUCCCUCCAGUAUCAGUGUCACCUGGACCCCUCCAAUUCCGUUGGGAAUUACGACUGGCUACAAGAUCUCCUACACUGGAACCAGCAGUAGUAGCAGUGAAAAUGUCAAUGGCAGCAGCAUGUCCAGUCACACACUCACUGGUCUUAACAGUGGGGACACCUACACUGUAUCCAUUUUAGGCACUGCAACAGGUGUUGGUUUACCUAGCCCUACUAUUGCUCAGGUUGAGCCUGUUGGUUUAGUUCCCUACCCAGCUGCUAUUCUUAAUACCACAACAGCAGCCACUACUACUACUAUCACAAUCACCAUUACCGGCAGCACUCCCAUUGGCUCAAUAGUGACUGGGUUUGUAGUCCACUGGAAGAGAAAUGCUUCUACCAGUUGCUCUGAUAGUGAUGAGGGAACUAUCAGUGUGGCAGCUGGUAGUUUCACUAACUAUGUUGUAACUGGACUCGAGGAAGGGAGUUGGUACACAGUUACUGUGAGAACGUCUAACACGGCUGGUAAUAGUGCGCCUAGCAAUACCCUCACAGCUAUGACAUUGGAGACUGCACCAUCCGGACCUCCGACCUACCUGGCUAGUGGUACUAGCACGCAUGAUAGCAUAUCAGUGAGCUGGGGUGAAGUGACUUGUGUCGACCGAAAUGGAGAUGUAACAGGGUACAAACUCCGCAUUACAAGGACUGGGCAAGAUGAGAGGAUUGUUGACGUUAAUGGUGACCAAAGGGAGGCAACUUUAUCUGGCGUGGCACCGUCUUCUAACUAUUCAGUACGAGUGGCAGCGGUGAACGGUGCUGGUACUGGACCAUAUGGUGAUGAAAUCACAGUUCAAACUGAGCAAUUCAAAGCUCCACCCCCCAAUGAUGUGGAAGCAGUCCAGAAUGGUCCCACUAGUGUCCUAGUGUCUUGGAGUUCAUCCAGUGGUGCCACUGGCUACAUGAUCCACUAUGACAGUAGUGGAGGUCACAAUGGUAGCAUCAGUCUUAAUUCCUCAACUGACAACUUCGAAUUGACUGGUCUUAUGGAAGAAAACACAUACACAAUAUCUAUCUUUGCCAGCUCAGUAGACCUACCUAGCACAACCAUAGAGCUUCAAGUCAGAUUAAUCCCAGCUCCAGGACUGGUGUCGGUGUCAGUUAGCUCCAUAGCAGCCACCUCCAUCUCCCUCUCCUGGAGUGUGUCCAGUGGGAUGGUGGCCAGUUGGGAGGUGGUCUGGAGACCCACUGACAGAGGCACUGAGAGCACCAGUGGUCUUCUGUCUGAUACUACCUACACCAUCCUCCAGUUGGACCCCUCCACUAUUUACACACUCACCAUCACAGCUACCAAUGUAGCUGGAACGAAUACUAGUCUUCCCAUCAUCGUUUCUACUGUUCCAACAGUGGAAGAGAUCCUCAAGAGAGAGAAUAUUGAUGCCACAUGUUCCGAGACUCACAAAUACUUGGUCAUAACUGGUGGACUAGCAGGAGGAGUGCUGUUUAUUGUCACUACUGCUAGUAUCAUUGCUGUAGUGUUUGUGUUGAAGUGCUGCAGAGCAAGGUCUUUGGCUCCCAAAACCAGUAACACAGGCUUCCCAGAUUCUACUGAUGUUAUUUUGGAAAGAUGAAACCUAUGAAGAACCUAAGUUCGAAACUACCACAAAUCAGGCCUACAAUGUUGUCAAAGAGAAUGAAGGAGGGACAGAAGACGUUGGUUACACGACACCCGACACCAAUUAUAUGAAUACUGUGUCUUUAUCCAAGUCUGCUGAAUGUAUUCCCAGCGUUGAAGACUCCAUUUAUGAGAACUGAACGAGAACUGAUUUUUCAUUGCUAUUACUGUGUGUAUACUCAGCUGGAGUUGUUUUUGUAACAAACAUUUUAGUUGUCAUGGAAACACUCAUGUGUGCCACAUGUGUAGGAAGUUUGAGAUGUUAACCAAAGAUGGUUGUGAGA